AUGGGCAAGCUCAUCGUGGUAGGAUCAUGCGGCAUUCUGGUGUGCGUUCUCGCCUCCCUCUACACCAUCGGAAACCUUCUCAAUGAGAUCGAGGAGCUUCAAGUCGAGUUCCAUGAUGGCAUGAUUGAAUUCAGAUCUAUCACCCAAGACACCUGGGCCCGUAUGCUUAGCAAGCAUAUCAACCCAACUGGACGCUCCGACUCUCCACCAACCUUCCAAACUCUAUUCGGAGCUCGUAGCGCGCGUCAAGCUGGAUUUGAGCAGUGUAACUGCGGACCCAAAUCCCAGGGCUGCCCAUCCGGACCACCAGGAGCACCAGGAGAGGCUGGACCAAAGGGAAACACCGGAAACGACGGAGACGAUGGAAAGCCAGGAGCUCCAGGAGUCAUUGUCGCCAUCACCCACGACAUUCCCGGAGGAUGCAUCAAGUGUCCACCAGGACGUCCAGGCCCAAAGGGGCCACCAGGAGGACCAGGAUCUGCUGGACCAGCCGGAGGAAACGGAAGACGUGGAUCACCAGGGCCAGUUGGAGGAGCCGGAGAACCAGGACCACAAGGAGACGCUGGAAGAGUUGGAUCUGCUGGACGUCCAGGACCUCCAGGACCACGCGGCGAACCAGGAACCGAGUACAAACCAGGACAGCCAGGACGUCCAGGACCACCAGGACCACGUGGAGAGGCUGGAUCAGCUGGAAACCCAGGAGUUCCAGGAAACGAUGGAGAGGCUGGAAAGAACGGAAACGCUGGACGACCAGGACCACCAGGACACCCAGGAAAAAACGGAGUUCCAGGAGAGCGUGGUGCCGAUGCCGCCCCAGGGCCAGAUGCUGGAUAUUGUCCAUGCCCAUCUCGCGCCUCUUACAAGGCUUGA